GAUGAAAUCAGAGCAACUGUCAUCGACCAUGUAAUCAAUCAUGGUCUGUCCAUGAGGGUUCAGCCGAACUUGCCAAGAUCAACGGUGGCAUCAAUCGUGAGGGUUUUCACACAAACUAACAGGACCCAACGGUUGCCCCACUCAGGUGGAAGGGGAAGAAAAUUCACUUUGCCACAAGAAAAUGCAAUAGUGCAAAUGGUUAUUGCUAACAAUAGUAUAAGGCUAAGAGAAAUUUGUGCAAACAUCAUCGCAGACAUUGGUGUAUUUGCCAACAUUGAGAAUGUUGGCACCACGACCAUCGCCAGAGUGCUGAAAAAGCACCAAAUUCGAAUGAAGCAGCUUUACACUGUCCCCUUCGAGAGGAACUCUGAGCGGAUAAAGGAACUCCGGUACCAAUACGUCCAGAGAGCCAUGGAACUUGAAGCCAGUGAGAAUGAACAUGCGUUCAUCUUUGUGGAUGAGGCUGGCUUCAACCUGGCAAAAACACGUCGCCGUGGAAGGAACCUGAUUGGGAAAAGGGCCACGAUAGAUGUUCCAGGCCAGAGGGGUGCGAACAUUACCAUGUGCGCAGCAAUUUCGAACGAUGGACUGCAGCUGCAGAAGGCCGGCAUAGGCCCAUACAACACCGAACGCCUAAUUGCCUUCAUAGAUGAGCUUUACGAAAGGCUCACAGCAAGAGAGGUAGACAGGCAGAAUCUACCAACGUAUGUAAUUGUAUGGGACAAUGUGGCCUUUCACCACUCCCGGCAAGUCACAGGGUGGUUUGCGGCACAUCCUAGGAUGAUUUCACUUUUCCUUCCGCCUUACUCUCCUUUCCUCAACCCCAUCGAGGAAUUCUUUUCGGCGUGGAGAUGGAAGGUCUAUGACCACCGCCCUCAGGACCAGAUGUCCCUAUUAGAGGCAAUGGCUGCUGGGUGUAUGGACAUAGCCCCAGAAGAUAUCCAGGCCUGGAUAAGGCAUUCCAAAAGAUUUUAUCCACGUUGUAUGGCAAGAGAAACCAUACAUUGCGACGUAGAUGAAAAUUUGUGGCCAAAUGCGGAGGAUAGGAGGGAUUAGCCCAAUUCUGCGCCACUGUUGGGCUACUGUAAUAUACAGUAUGUGCAGGUUUUGUGCAUUGCAUUUUUUGUUAGAACACAUUUUUUGACUUUGUAAUGUAUUUUCUGUUUUGUGAAACACUUGCACUGUGACAAAAUCUCCAAAAAGUAAAGCACAGUGAAAAAAACUUGUGUUUGUGAUUUGUUUCUGGAUCAUAUAUUACGUACUUACUGUCUGUAAUUUGCAUUACAAAAACUGAAAAUUGUUAUUCUCAGUUUCUCAUAAAACACUUGUAUUUGUAUUUACAAUUACAGUACUUUUACCACACUCAAUUGUGACAUCUUUUGUGGGAGGUAAACCGACAUAUGAACACUGUCAGCAGAUACUUGGCUUGGAUUGUCAUACUGUAAUAUUACAAACUUUAUUACUGUAGUCCAAAGAAGUGUUUGUCUGUGUUUUUUCUCUUUUUUUCAAUGCAACACUACAGGAAAUCUAUGCCAAACUGGAGGACACAGCAACAUUUUAGAUAUGCAAUUGGCAAUGCUUCAAGAUGUUAGUGUUUUUUAGGUCAUAGUGUUCUGAGAGGAAACAUGUGUUAAGUUAUGGCAGCAUUGUUUGUGGUGUGGUUGUUGUAGUGCAUUUUGCACCAAAGGUUAACAGAUAUGCAGAGGUGUGUGUCUCUAAAGCCCACUGUGUUAAGUGAUAGGGAAAAGUGACCAUAGUAUGGGUACAUGACCGAAAACGAUAGGAAAAAACUGUAA